GAUAGGUAAAAGCUAAUGUGCCGCAGUCAAGUUUAAUCACGCACGGAUUGAAUGUUUGAAUAUAAGUAGGAGUGUUAUUUUCAAUAAAAAAUGUCUAUUACGUCAAGUCAAAAAAUGUUAUCAUGCCUGUUAAAUAACAAAAAUAAACGGCUUGUUAAGUGUUUGUUCAAUGUUAGAUUUAUGUCAGAUGACAAAAGUAAAAGUGACUCACAUGAAGGUAAUAAAAUAAAGGCUGCGGUUCUCAAGGAAUUUUCAAAACCAUUACAAAUAGAAACUAUUGACCCACCAAAGAAAUUAAAAUCUACAGAGGUUAUAAUUGAUGUUAAUUAUUGUGCCCUAAAUGGACUUGAUGUACUGUUAUGUGAGAACUUGUACUCCAAAACACAAGCUUUACCUUUUGUACCUGGAUAUGAAAUAUCUGGAAAAUUAUUAAAAGUUAGCGAAGGGGCAAAAGAAGCUGGUUUCAAUGUAGGUGAUAAAGUAGUAGCUUUAAAUAAAGACUUAUUUGGAGGAUUAGCUGAACAAUGUAUUGCUGAAAUUGGGAAUGUCUGGAAAGUACCAUCUACAAUAAGAUCUGUUGACGCUGUAUGCUUAUUGGAAAAUUAUAUGACAGCUCUCCUUGGACUUGAACAAAAUGGGUCUAUAACAGAAGAAGACAUGGUCCUAGUCAAUGUGGGAAUUGGUGGAAUUGGUUUGGCUGCUGUUGAUAUAGCUGCAAACAUUUUUAGAUCAAAGGUAAUAGGAGUUGGAUUCUCUGAAGACAGAGCAGAUAAAAUAAGAGAAAGAGGAGCUUUCCAUGCUUUUACUUAUAAAGAAAAAAAACUUGUGAAAGAAAUUGAAGAAAUAGCCGGUGAUCGUGACAUUAAAGGAAUUUUCGAUGGAGAGACUGGUGAUCACUUCAAAAAAGUUCUUAAAACAUUUAUGAAUGUAUACAAAUCCAAAACUCCCUCCAAGUAUCUAUUACGUGAUGAUAAUUUUGGAGUAAUUAUUCAACAUUUAUCAAGAGAAGGUAGAAUUUUAGUUGCUGGAGUCGCUGAUACAGAUGGUGCGAAAAAAGAUAACGAAGAUUAUUUUACAGUAUUAGGCAUUAAUUUGCAUGAAUAUAAAGAGCGCAAAAAUGAACUAUUUCGGCAAACUGGAGAUGACGUGAUAUCAUUUUUCGAAGAAGGUCUUAUAAAACCUACACCAUCUAUGAUUGCUGGAUUUAAUCAUGUGAAUACAGCAUUCAAAUUUGUUUCUGAAAUGAAAGCUUGUGGAAAAGUCGUGAUUGAUAUGAAAAAUCAAGAUACUGAAGCUAAAACAUUUUAGCAUGAGGCAUAAUUGACUGACUAAAACACAAAAACUAUAUAUUUCUUUUUGUACAGACUUUGUUAUACAUUUUAAUAUUUGUCAUAAAUCAUGAAAUUAUGACAAGCAAGAACAGGAGUAAUUGUAUACAAAUAGUUAUUGCUUACUAGACAGUGUAAAAUGUAUUGUAAAUAAUAUUUGUUGAU